UCGUCGUGAAUCAGCGUUUCCCCGCCGAAAACUGAAAAUUUCCUGCGGAAAAAUUGAAACUCCCGACGAAAAAAUAUUUUCCCGCAGGAACUGGCGGAAUCACGCUCAUUUUUUUUCACUGGGUAUGACCCUGAAAAUUCUUGGUUUUUAGCUAGUAAUGAAAAUCACUCUUCCCUUUCUGGCACAUGCUUCAAGUCUUUCUAGCUAAGAGAUAAAGUCAAUUUUUUUAUAUCAUCAUACUCGCCAUAAUAGCUCAAAAAAAGUUACAUAUCGGUUUUUCAAAAUAUUCUUCCGUUGUGGAGAAAAUCAAUUGUUUUGAAACAGAUAGCAAAAACCAAGGAAAUUCACUUGAAUUUUGCAGUUUCCAUCGUCAAACUUCCAUUUUCUGCAAAGCUAAUGUCAUAUGUGGAAUCAGCAUCAAUAACUGAAUUGAUCGAUGUAUGUCUCAGGAGUGUAUGCAGAAAUUUAGCUAACUGAGUAAACACCAUUUGUAUCUAGAGCGAAUAAUAUUUCUUUUUUAUUUCUUAUUAUUAUAGUAUAUUCAGUGCAUUUGCAAUUAUUAACACUAGACACACAGCAACUUGGAUUGCUUAUGUCAAAAUAGCGAUUGUCAUAUUAGAAUUUAUUGAAGGAACUGUUCAUGCAUUUUUUAUUCUUAUUGCUUUACGUAAACGUUUAAAUCGAACGAAUAAGAAAGCAUAUCCUGCGCGUGAAAUUAUUACAUUAUUAAUAAUGAUUGAUUUAAGUUUAUGGUUUGAAGAAACAACAACAACGACAAAACAUGAGGCAAAUCCAUUUCAACUGGAUUUUUAUCAUAUCAUACCGUGGUCAAUUAUUGCUGCGAUUGCCACACCAUUGCAAAUAUUUUUUCGUUUUCAUUCAUCUGUAUGUUUAUCUCAUGUAUGGGAAAAUAUGUACACGACAAGCGAUAGAUCCAUCGAUCAUCAUUGA